GAAGCUGCACUACCUUACACAGCUCUAAUACAGUAGAGGAGAGGGGUAGCAGGCAUGAUCAGAGGGGACAGGAGAGAAACAGACUGAGAGAGAAAUAACAGUGUUUGAGAAAGCAGAGACAGAGAGGGAGACAAAGAGAGAGAGAGAGACAGAGAGAGGGAAUGACGCAGAGUUCAAGGCUUAGUAUAAAGUGUAUUUUUAGCGUUGUCAAGUGUGUGUGCUGGGCAGGCAUGUUGUGAGAGAGUAUGUGGUUGUUUGUGUGGCUGUGUCCGUGUACAGUAAGUUCUAAGUUCAUGGACACUAGCUGUGAGUUUAUGGACAGUGGAAGUGAGUGUUAGGCCACGCCCUCCUUCCCCUAAUCAUGGAUGGCGUUAGCAGAGAGCUGGUGAUGAAGUUACCUGGGCGACCGCACUCUCUGGCCGCCGACAAUGGCGUGGUGGGGGGUUUUGGGGAGGCAGUGGUGCUCAGACACAAAGAGGUUCACCACUUCUUCCUGGUUCCUUUCAGGGAACAACCGAUAUUCAGCACGCGGGCGCACGUCUUCCAGAUCGACCCGAGCACCAAAAGGAACUGGAUGCCCUCCAGCAAGCACGCCGUCACUGUCUCUUACUUUUACGACAGCACCCGGAAUGUCUACCGGAUCAUUAGCUUGGACGGCACCAAGGCCAUCAUCAACAGUACCAUCAGUCCCAACAUGACGUUCACCAAGACCUCACAGAAGUUUGGUCAGUGGGCCGACAGCAGAGCCAACACAGUCUAUGGGCUGGGCUUUUCUACUGAACACCACCUAGCUAAGUUUGCAGAGAAGUUUGCAGAGUACAAGGAGGCUGCGCGCCUAGCAAAGGAGAAGAGCCUGGAUGGAAAGAUGGAGCUGGCGACAUCGCCCUCCCAGGAGUCUCCUGUUGACCUUUCGUCACCGCUGACCCCUGUUACCCCACCUACCAUGGAAAACAUUAAUGGCACAGAUGACCUCUGUGACAUCACACCGCCCCCGGAGCCACGCCCAGAACCUGCACAAAAUGCACUGGCGUUUGCACACAGUCCCACCAUGACUAAGCACUGGGAGGCGGAGCUGGAGGCGUUGAAGGGAAACAACGCCAAGCUGACGGCAGCUCUGCUGGAGUCCACAGCCAACGUAAAGCAGUGGAAGCAGCAGCUCUCAGCCUACCAGGAAGAAGCUGAGAGACUGCACAAACGGGUGACUGAGCUGGAGUGCCAAAACAUCCAGACUCCUGUCAUCAAAGCCCAGAAAACAGAACUGAAUGAAACCAUCGAGGAGCUGGAGAAUACACUGAGGGACAAAGAGGAGGAAAUGGAACGGUUGAAAGAGGAGGUAGAGAAUGUGAACGACCUGCUGGAACAGAAAGACUCCCUUAUACAGAAACUGGAGGAGACAGAGCUGCGAGGGCGGGUAUUGGAGGAGCAGCUGGUUGGAGCUGAACAGCGAUUGGAGGAGAGUCAGGAGGAUCAGGAGAGUUUCAGGAAGUCCCUGCGUACGCUGCUGGAGCUGCUCGAUGGGAAGAUCUUUGAGCUGACGGAGCUGAGAGACACCUUGGCCAGGCUGAUCGAGGAGGGCAGCUAGAGACAGUGCCCCCUGUGGAUCUGGAGGCCAUAGUUGACUCUACAACAUACUCUACGUAUAUUACGAAGCCAAAACCCCUUCUCUCCCUGCUGCCCCCCAGCUUGGCAACCUAGUAAAUCACACACUUGAGAGCCCUGGACUGGAUCAAACACACACGUUUAGAGUGUAUUUGAGGUGUGUUUGAUGUAGGUCAGAUUUAGUCCUUAUGGAACUAUUCAAUUGGUUUGGUUGUCUUGAAAUGACCAAGUCAAGUGCACCUCAGUCACAGAGCCACUAUAUAAUCACACUGCCCUACCAUGGUACUGCUCAGGUCCCCACAGAGGGCAGCUACACUGGAAAGUGGCUUCCAAAUAUGCCACUGUCCCCCCAUCCCCCUUAGCCUCCAGCCCAGCCCACACAUAAGUUCAUAAAUGUCAAAUUCCCUAAACGCGCCCUCUGAUUGGUUGGCACUUUAACUGAUCUCCUGGCCACAGACCAAUAGGAGAGCUGGUUGUAGUUUGUGCCUGCGAUAGUUUGGGCAUCAUCAUCAUCAGCCAGAGAACUAUGCCUCUGCAACACCACCUACUGUCAGAACACAGGAACUACACCACAGCUGGCAUGGGAAGUAAACCACACACCACUGCUCUGCCCCUCUGAGCAGAAACAGGGGCAGUCAUACGAAAUGUAAUUACCAUCAAACUUGUAGAACACCAGCUGUCAAAGGCAGUGAUGCCGGCAGAGUAGAGUGUAGGGAACAGGACUGGGAGGUCAAAAAGCUACUAUGCUAGCUCAGCCUAGUUUAGCACCAUGCUAUCUGAGCCUAGCUUUGGUGAGGCUAGCAUCAUGCUAUCUUAUUCUAUCUUUUGUGAGGCUAACAGUAUGCUAGCUUAGCUUUGGUGAAGCCAGCAGCAUGCUAGCUGAGCCUAGCUUCGGUAAGACUAGGAGCAAGCUGGUUCUGAAGCAGCCUUCCUGCUCUGAGACGCUGUAUACACCUGGAGUGACCUAAUCAUUGCUCCGCACAGCAUCACAUCCCCCACUCCGGCUUCUGGACAGAGAAAGGCUUCUAGAGGUUAAAGUUCUGUUUACAUGUUUGUUCUCCUCUGGAGAUGGAUAUGAUGAGUUUGACAGUUGUAGAAUCUUCCAGAAGUCUUUAAUCCCACCAGCGAAUACUACUCUGUAAUAUGAGGAGCUGCAGCAAAUUCCCACCCUCUUCCUCAUGGAGAGCACACACCCUGUCUUCCUGCCAAGCUCCGGGUGGUGUGUGUGUUGACUGUAUGUGUACGGAGAUAAACUAUUGAAGUGGCUGCUUUGCUAUACAUCUUUCAAUGAAGUUAAUACUCUAUGAGAUGAGUUAUUCUCCUAAUAGUGUGUGUGUGUGUGUGUGUUUGGAAGCCUUCCACCGUGUGUGUGUGCACACACACACACACACACUGACUGAGCAAUACCAGAUGUUUUCUGGAAGACAUUUCACUCGAGAUAUCAGGUACUUCAUUUCUCAGUAAACAGGAACACUGCAGCUCUUGGGCCCUCGCUGUUCUCCUCGCUCCCCCCCAGUGUGUGUGUGUAGUGUGUGUCUGGGCAGCGGACUUUCGCUCAGCUUAGGCUGCCCCUCCAGGAAACGCACCCAGCCCAACACACAACACUGCUGGGUUCUAGACUUUUAUACAGGUGUUGAUAUACUAUCUUACGUGGGUAUACCACUGUUCUCUGACUGUUCAGUUGGACUGAGAACACAACAGAGGAUCCUUCCAUGCUGUGAGGGGACACAGACGUCUGGAAAGACAGUCUACAACGUGGAUGAGCUUGAUCUUGUUAACCAUUAGGUGAUGUGAACAGAUCUGUUUGUACAGAAUCAGACAAUCUGUUCCUUCACCUGUUUUUGUAACUUCUGGUAUUUCAUGUAGUAAUUGUUACUGUGUAAAGGUAUGAGACGACUGGCAAUAUUUUUGACUGAUUAAAGUAAUUUUGAAUCCCUAAUUAUGCUAUCAAAGAGGUAUCUCAGGAGCAGGAUGCUGGCUAGGUGUGGUGCAGUGUGUCUGACGACCAGACUCGACCAUGACACCACAGGCAGAAGUUUAUUCAAGUUAAUUUAGAGAGUACAUAGUGGAGCUGACUGUGGGGUGAAUAUAAAAACUUGAAAGAUUACAAAUAUUUUCAAAUAUAUUCAAAUACAGUGGUGAUGGAUUAAAACAGUGUGGUGUUUUUGUUCACAUAAAACCACAUCCACUAACUCUGUCUUGUCAACACAGCUUUGUUUGUGUGUCAUCAAUGAGACUUAUGUGGAAUGUUCUCCAACGGUGCAUUCUAUGGUUCCAGAAGAUUCUAUGGGGCAGCCAUUGUUCCAGAGUGUUAGAACACCCAGCUGGCAGCCAGGACCAACAUGAAUGGGUUUAAAUCACACCACUUCACUCCUGUUCCUCAACUCUCAGAGGUUUAUUAAAUAGCAAGGAGGACAUAAAUAAACAGCUUUAAAUAUUCUGGAGCUCCCUGACUAAACCAGUCUGCAACUCUGGGAGACUGAGGGGCAGAAUAAAUGAACACAUUUCGUUUUUUCAAGCAAUUUAGGAUGAGUUGUUUGUAAAUUGUGUGUUUUUUGCACUUCUACAAAAUAAUUUGGCUCCUAAUAAGCUAUACAUAAUAACUUUCUAUCAAUGAUUAUGCACUUCUUGGGUGACUAUCACUAUAAUUAUUACAACAUCAUGUUUGUUGAUAAUGUAACAUGGAACUAGUUCUUGCAACAAAUAAAUCUAAUAUCAUUUUUACAAACAAAUUUCAAAUGCAAAUACGUUCACUAACAUGUAGGUCAGUGUGGUGUUGAUAGGUCGACAGGUUGUUGAUGUCAGUGAGGUGUUGAUAGGUCAGUGUGAUUGAUGACAGCCUCUCCACCCCCUACCUCUCAGACCUCAACAGUAAAGCCAUUUCACACAGCACAAACCAUUGCACAUGACCCCAGGUGCCACUUCAAUCCAUUUUCACACUGCUUCCAGCAGGUCGCAGAUACAGAUCCCUGGCCUAGAUACAGGCAUGCUAUGGCUGGAGUUUUGUUCCUGACGGCAUAGCAUAAUUUAAACAAAACACCCAGUAAACAGCAUAUGAAAAGAUGCUGUGUAUAUGAGCCAGGUAGUUAUGUUGGUGUAUACUGUAUCUACGUAUUGUAUGUAUGAGUGUAUAUUAUAUCUAUGUAAUCUGUGUUUAUGUGAGGCUCUGUACAGAUGGUGGCAACAUAUUUCCUUGAAAAAGGACAAUAAAGAAUCUAUCUAUA